AUGGCUCAGUGUGCAACCUACAUUGAUUUAAGAUUGCAGAAACUGAAGGAGAGGUUUAUGUCAAAAUUUGGAUCAGCUCCCAAGUUCUAUGUUCGUGCACCAGGGCGAGUCAACUUAAUAGGAGAACAUAUAGACUACUGUGGUUAUGCUGUGCUCCCUAUGGCUAUAGAACAAGAUAUACUGAUUGCUGUAGAACCUGUUAAAACUCCAGUUGUGCAACUGGCAAAUGUCAAUCCUUCAUACUCGGAUUUCAAUAUUAGUGUUACUAACAUUGAGAUAAACAAAACAAAACCUCAGUGGCAUAACUACUUCCUGUGUGGACUGAAAGGCAUUCAGGAACAUUUUGGUCUUAAUAACCCAACUGGAAUGAAUUGUCUGCUAGAUGGAACCAUCCCUCCAAGUUCUGGUCUCUCUAGCUCCAGUGCUUUGGUGUGCUGUGCAGGACUCGUGACACUAAGAGCUAAUGGAAAAACCCUCUCUAAGGUGGAACUUGCAGAAAUUUGCACGAAGAGUGAACGCUAUAUCGGCACAGAAGGUGGAGGAAUGGACCAGGCAAUCUCUUUUCUGGCAGAAGAAGGAACUGCCAAGUUGAUAGAGUUCAGUCCUCUGAGGGCAACUGAUGUUAGACUUCCAAGUGAAGCAACGUUUGUUAUUGCUAACAGUUGUGUUGAAAUGAAUAAAGCAGCAACUUCUCAUUACAAUAUUAGGGUAAUGGAGUGUCGUCUGGCUACAAAGCUUCUCUCAAAGUCAAAAGGCUUGGACUGGAAAAAAAUGUUGAGACUCCAUGAUGUGCAAACCAAGCUAGGAGUUAGCCUGGAGGAAAUGCUGACCAUUGUCGAAGAGGUAUUACAUCCUGAGCCUUACAGCACAGAGGAAAUUUGUAAAUGCCUGGGAAUUAGCCUGGAAGAGCUCCGCGCUCAGAUCCUGAGUGAAAACACGCAAGAUGUUGCCACCUUCAAGUUAUACCAGCGUGCAAAGCAUGUGUACAGUGAAGCUGCCAGAGUGCUGGAAUUCAAGAAGAUAUGCAAUGAGGCACCUGCCAAUGCAAUCCAGCUGCUGGGAGAAUUAAUGAACCAAAGUUAUAUCAGCUGCAAGGAAAUGUAUGAAUGCAGCUGUCCUGAACUGGAUCGGCUGGUAGACAUCUGCCUGCAAUUUGGGGCCAUUGGGUCACGUCUGACUGGAGCUGGAUGGGGAGGCUGCACUGUGUCAAUGGUGCCUACUGACAAGCUGAAUGCUUUCCUAAAAAAUGUACAAAAAGCCUAUUACCAAACCCAUGACCAAAGGUUAGGAUUGGAGAAUAACAGUCUGUUUGCUACCAAACCUGGAAGAGGAGCUUUGGUUUUUAUUGAGGCCUGAAGAACGUAAGAAUUUGGAAGAAACUAUGUAGGGCAUUUAGAACUGGCAGUCCUUCCUUCCCAUGCCUCAGUAAAUGAUGCCUUUUCCCUUUUUUAUUAUAAUGAGUACUUGCUAUUAUCAAAAUCUACUUCUGAAGAAGCA